AUGCCAGGCGAAGCCGUCGCUUUGACGGCCCCGGCGUACGGCGCUCUGAUCCACCGCCUCGCCUCCACCGGCCGCGUCGAUGCCGUCCACGCCGCCCUCGCCUCCGCGCGCUCGGCCCUCGCCCCCGCCUCCCUCCACCCGCUCUACGUUGCCUCCAUACGCGCCUUCGCCCGGGCCGGCCGCCUCCAGGCCGCCGUCGACGCCUUCGAGCGCAUGGACCUCUUCGCCUGCCCGCCCCAAGCCACCGCCUAUAACGCCAUCAUGGACGCCCUCGUCCACGCCCACCACCACCACCAGGCUCACAAGGUCUACGUCAGGAUGCUCGCCACCGGGCUUGCCCCCGACCUUCACACCCACACCAUCCGCCUCCGCUCCUUCUGCCUCACCGCCCGCCCGCAUGUUGCCCUCAGACUCCUGCGCACUCUGCCAGACCGUGGAUGCCAUGCCAGACCCGUCGCAUACUGCACCGUCGUGUCUGGACUCUAUGCGCACGGCCACCCCCACGACGCACGUCGCCUGUUCGAUGAAAUGCUCCAGGGACCGGUGUUCCUUGAUACUGCCACUUUUAACAAGGUCCUGCAUGAUCUUUGCAAGAAAGGGGAUAUCUCUGAGGCUGCCGCGCUUCUCGCCAAGGUUCUCAAGCGGGGGAUGUCUGUGAACAGGUUCACCUACAAUAUUUGGAUCAGGGGGCUCUGCGAAUGUGGGAGGUUGGCCCAAGCCGUUGCACUUGUAAAAGAGAUGGACGACUACAUCACACCAGACGUUGUGACCUACAACACGCUCAUCCGUGGCCUUUGA